GGAGGCUGUUUUGCUAUUUCCCAGCUGACUGGGAGGAUCCCACUGAUCGCAGCAGCCGCAGGCAGCAGCUUCACCAUCGCUUGGGCAUCUUCUCGCCCUUCCCACCCUGCCCUGUCCAGCAACCCUCCCCCUCCCCCCUCCCCCGGUACCCUCCUGGUACCACUUCGGUACCACUCCCUUCCCCCCACCUCGGUAACCCCUCGGUACCCUUUCGGUACCCCGCGGGUACCCCACCGGCAUCCCAGCACCUCCCAGCGCAUCCAGGAGCUCCAAAGCUUUCCCCCCUGCCGGCCAUGGAGCUGCUCUCCACCCCCAAGAACAUCGAGAUCAACAACAUCACCUGCGACUCCUUCCGCAUCUCCUGGCACAUGGAGAAGGGAGACCUGGAGAGGGUCACUCACUACUUCAUUGACCUCAACAAGAAGGAGAACAAGAACUCCAACAAGUUCAAGCACCGGGAUGUCCCCACCAAGCUGGUGGCCAAGGCAGUGCCCCUGCCCAUGACAGUGAGGGGCCACUGGUUCCUGAGCCCCCGCACGGAGUACAGCGUGGCGGUGCAGACGGCGGUGAAGCAGAGCGACGGCGAGUACCUGGUGUCUGGCUGGAGCGAGACCGUGGAGUUCUGUACUGGGGAUUAUGCCAAGGAGCACCUGGCCCAGCUGCAGGAGAAGGCCGAGCUGAUCGCCGGCCGCAUGCUGCGCUUCUCCGUCUUCUACCGCAACCAGCACAAGGAAUACUUCCAGCACGUCAGGAUGCACUGCGGGAACGUGAUGAAGCCCUCCCUGAAGGACAACAGCGGCAGCCACGGCUCCCCCACCAGCGGCAUGCUGCACGGCAUCUUCUUCAGCUGCAACACCGAGUUCAACACCGGGCAACCCCCCCAGGACUCCCCCUACGGCCGGUACCGCUUCCAGAUCCCGGCCCAGCGCCUCUUCAACCCCAACACCAACCUCUACUUCGCGGACUUCUACUGCAUGUACACCGCCUACCACUACGUGGUCCUGGUCUUGGCCCCCAAGGGUUCUUCGGGAGAUCUUUUCUGCCGGGAACGUCUGCCCCAGCUGGACAUUUCCUCCAACCGGUUCCUGACGUGCAGCGUGGAGGAGGGGGAGCUGGUGUACCGCCAUGCCCAGGACAGCAUCCUGGAGGUCAUUUACACCGAGCCGGUGGACCUCAGCCUGGGCGUGCUGGGGGAGAUCAGUGGGCACCAGCUGAUGAGCCUCUCCACCGCCAACGCCAAAAAGGACCCCAGCUGCAAGACCUGCAACAUCAGCGUGGGGCGUUAAGGGGCUGGGCAGGGCGGGGCAGGGCAGGGCAGG